AUGCCGUUUUGGCGGCGGAGUCCAUUGGCUCGUGAGUACGAGGUCACAAAACGACCCAUUUUUUUACUGGAUGGCUGGAAUAUAGUGCAAGGAACGGAUGCUGCCGCAUAUGUCUCCGGCAGUGUAACAGACGGUGUGAUGUAUGGCACCAACGGAUAUCUGGGUGUUCGGCACCGCAGUGAAUGUGAGACAGUCGGUUUCGAAUCAAAUGUCUUUGUGAAUGGAGUAUACCACAACGUUCCAGUUGAUCGUCAAAUUGAUAGCGAAGCCCUACCUUACGAGAUGCAGAUGGGGGCCGCUGUUUGUACCGUCAAUCUUGACUGCCUAAUUGAUGGCGAUUGCGGUACCCUUCGGUCCGUGCCACCCCGACGGCUUGAUUUGCGUAAUGCAACGUAUCACAGUGAAUGCCGUGAUGUAAUGAGUGGGGAUGGUGGAUUAAUGUUUGAUGGAGAUUAUCGUCGCGUCGUUUCCAUGAAAGAGCUGGACUUAUGGGGAGCGGAUAUUGUUUACUCCAAUUUUACUUUUGGUUCAUCGCCAUAUGAUCUUUACCUCGGUGAAUCCCCCAAUAUUUUUUACUCAAACAAUAUGAACUCUACGAAUCCGGAUGCAUCUCCCUCAUAUCUUUUGGAGUUUGUUGUGACAAUCACCGUGGAUUUGAGAGAGUGGGCUAUUCUGCGAGGUGACAGUGUAGAUGAUAUUUUGCUGCAGUCCCGCACCUCCGGCGUCGUGGAGAGCAUCGUUACGCAAUCCACCUGUGCUGUGGAUUAUGAAAACAGCUCCGUAAAAAUUACCCCGGAGCACCAGCUACUGUGCGAGACGGGAGACCACGGUUUGAUGGAGCAAAACUUUUCUGCGGCAGCCCUAUCGUGUCCAAGUGACAGCGAGAGUGAUCCCGGGUUUGGUGGUCGCAUUAUUUCUUCCUUUGAGAAUCAAAAAAAGAAAACUUUAUCUUUUAAGAAACGAUUUAUUAUUUCCAUCACUCCAGACACACUGCCAACGAGGGUGACGGUGACAUAUUUGGCCCGGCACCAUAGCGGCGGUAUCCCCUCCGCACGUUUAUUCCCCACCAUUUCAGAAAUAAUGGAAGAUCAACGUUUGAUCUUGAAUGAAUUCUGGGAUCAUUUUUUAAUUGACUUGCAGCAACAAGAAGAAUUAACACCGGAUCGGCUACGUCUCUCCCUAUUGUUCAAUGCAUUUCGACUGUUUUGUGUUUCCCAUAACUUACAUAACGGGCUACCACGUGGCGGUUGCUCGGCUACAAAAACGAGCCUUUUAUAUGAUCUUCAUCAGUACUUGUAUCAUGGUAUAUUUUACACAUUGACUUCACCACCGCGCGCCCUGGCAUUACUUCGGGGCUUGUAUUCGCUUCUUCCCCAGGCAAGAGUCAACGCCCAUCGUAUCUCUCUCAAACAUGGCGCUAUUUUUCCGCGUAGUACAAUUAAAGGAACGGAAUGUGAGCAACACAAUACCGUAAGCCAAGCACGAUUACAUGUGAAUGCUGAGAUUGGGUACAUCAUCAACUUUUUCUUUGCUGCUGUAGAGACUAUUGACCAAAAAGACCGUCUAUGGCUUUUAGACUUAUGUUGGAACGGCACGUGUGUGGCC